AUGUCCCCUCGAGUUGUUAUCAUCGGCGCCGGAAUUGUCGGCACCAACUUGGUCGACGAGCUGGUCUCGCGCGGAUGGAGUGAUAUCACCGUCGUCGAGCAGGGUCCCCUGCACAUGCCCGGGGGUUCGACUUCGCACGCCCCGGGGAACGUGUUCCAGACCAAUGCGUCCAAGACGAUGACGAGGCUGGCCCAUUACACGGUACAGAAGCUGUUAUCCCUCGAUUGUUUCAACUCGGUGGGCAGUCUCGAAGUGGCCACCACCCCGGCCCGUCUCGAAGAUUUGAAACGAAAACAUGGAUACGCCUCGUCCUGGGGCAUCGAGUCCCGUCUGCUCAACAAAGACGAAUGUCUCGCCCAAUAUCCCCUCCUAAACCCCGACCUCGUACUCGGUGGAUUCCAUGUCACCAGCGACGGUAUCGCUCUCGCCGCUCGCGCCACCCAGCUCCUUAUUGAACGCACGCAAAAGGCCGGCGUGCGGUAUCUAGAAUCAACGCCCGUUACCGGAAUUGAGCAGACUAAUUGUCGGGUUACCGGCGUUCGGAUCCCCGGGGGGAUCGUCCCUGCUGACCUCGUCGUCUCCUGUGCCGGGUUCUGGGGGGUCCAUGUGGGCGCCAUGGCCGGUGUCUCGAUCCCUCUGCUGCCCAUCGCCCAUCAGUAUGUCAAGACAACAGCUGUCCCGGCUCUCGCAGGCCGCGAGGUGAAUGAUAAACCGAACGGCCGCAAUGCCAGCAUGCCCAUUCUGCGCCACCAGGAUCAGAACCUAUACUAUCGGGAGCACGGCCAGCAAUGCGGUAUCGGCUUCUAUGGUCACAGACCCAUGCCGGUCGAUGCGGCCUCCCUUGGUUUGACUCCCAAAGAUGUUGACGAGAAGCAUAUGCCGUCGCGCCUGGACUUCACUCCGGAGGACUUUGUGCCAGCCUGGAACCGAUCCCUCGAAUUGUUACCCGCCCUCCGUGAGAGCCAAAUUGAAGACGGAUUCAACGGCAUCUUUUCAUUUACCCCCGACGGAGGACCGGUGAUCGGAGAAGCGCCUGGCUUGGACGGCUUCUACGUGGCCGAAGCCGUGUGGGUGACGCAUUCGGCCGGCGUGGCUCGCGCGGUGGCCGAGUUGCUCACGAAGGGCCAUUCCGAGAUCGAUAUGACCGAAUGUCAGCUGUCGCGGUUUGAAAAGAUCCAAUUGACCCCCGAGUACGUCAAAGAGACGUCGCAGCAGAACUUCGUCGAAGUAUACGACAUUCUUCACCCGCUGCAGCCGCGGGAAUCUCCCCGAAAUCUCCGAGUCAGUCCCUUUUACCACCGACAACGCGAGCUGGGCGCUUUCUUCCUCGAGGCUGCCGCAUGGGAGCGCCCUUACUGGUACGAAGCCAAUGCUGCUCUGGUCAACUAUCUCCCGCCCGAAUGGCGGCCCGUCGAGCGAGACCCCUGGUCGGCCCGAUUCUAUUCACCCAUCGCCGCGGUCGAGGCCUGGAAGACACGCAACGCGGUGGCCAUGUAUGAUAUGACGGCCUUCCACCGCUUUGAGGUGUCUGGACCGGGAGCAGUGUCUCUUCUCCACCGAUUAACCACAGCCGACGUGACGCAGAGACCGGGCACCAUCUCUUACGCCCUGCUGCUUGACGACCAAGCCGGCAUCCGCAGCGACCUCUUUAUCUCUCGGCUCGAGGAGAACGUGUUCCAGGUGGGCGCUAACACGGCCAUUGAUCUCGACAUCUUGGAACGUGAGGCCCGUCGCCAGGCACUGGAUCAAUGGGUGCAAGUCCGCGACAUCACCGGCGGCACCUGUUGCAUCGGCCUUUGGGGCCCUCGGGCCCGCGACGUGAUCCGGGCUGUGAGUUCCGACGACUUCUCCAACAAAGGACUGCCCUAUUUCGGCGUCAAGACGGCACACGUGGCCGGCAUCCCCGUCACCGUAUUCCGCAAGUCGUAUGUCGGAGAGCUGGGUUGGGAGAUCCAGACGAGCGCCGAGUACGGAGCCCGACUCUGGGACGCUAUCUUCCAGGCCGGAAAACCGCAUGGGCUGGUCGUCGCAGGUCGCGGCGCUCUCAAUGCUCUACGCCUCGAGAAAGGAUACCGCACCUUUGGAACAGACAUGACGACUGAACAUGAUCCCUUCGAAGCGGGUGUGACCGACGCCGUCGCGGUCAACAAGAGAGACGACUAUGCCGGCAAGAUCGCAUUAGCUCGCCGCUCUACACAGUCGCUCACUCGUCGGCUGCGGUGUCUGACUGUCGACGACGGCCGUUCUGUUGUCCUGGGGAAGGAGCCCGUGUAUCGCAAUGGCAAGGCCGUUGGAUACGUGACCACCGCCGCAUUUGCUUAUUCGGUUCACAAGCCGGCCUUAUAUGCCUGGCUCCCCGGCGAUGCCUCCGAGGGGGAGAAGGUUGAGAUCGAGUACUUUGGACGGCGUAUCAAGGCCACCGUGACGCGGGAACCGUUGUAUGAUCCUCAAGGAAGCCGGAUGCGUGCGGAUGGACCAUCAGUCAUCCCUGAGCUUCAAAAGCCAUUGAAGCAUGUCCUGUAA